AUGAGAGAAGUCAAUUUCAGUAUCCCCAACGUCAACAAGGCGUCGGUGGGGAUCACCACAGCCUUAUACGAUCGCCGAGCACUCGACUGCACUUCGACCUUGCCUCUAAUCAAUUCGCUCAAUCAUCUUGCCUAUCUCACAACAUCAUCGGCACGUAUCCGCGAUAUUCUGACGGUUGAUGGAGGAAUUGAACGCCUGGUCUGCAUCCUCAAGCAGGGACGAAAUGGGGACAUGAUGAGCGUUUGGAAAUGGAAUCUGGCGUUCCAGUGUGUUGUGAACAUCGGCGUCCGAGGAACGGAGAAUGUGCGGACCAGAGUAGUGGAGGCAGACAUGGUCCCUGUCAUCGCCACGAUCCUGGAUAACUAUAUCAAGGUCAUAGACCGGUGUCGCGAAAAGGCGGAUGAGCUGAAACAAAAACAAAGUCAUGACCAUCACCACCGACACAAGAACCAUGACCAUCGGCACUCGUCAAAAGCCUCUCCUCCUUCCCACAGCGGCCGCUCGGCACUUCACGAUGGAGAAUCACGAAGUCUUGCACGUCGAGAGUCCUCGUCUACGCCUGAUGCUUUGGAGGCUUCUGCCGGGCCGUCUAUCGCCACGACAGGACAGGGCGUCAACUCACAUCUCUACGCCAAUACCGAUGGUCCGAUUUCACCAACCAACCACCAGCUUCCCGAUUCACAGGGCACCGAUGUGCCUUAUGCCACCACAGCGAGUCAGGACGCUCAUCCUCUUGCUCCUGGGGCCCCGACUGCUGAGUUUGCGCGAGCUCUGCGCGAUGUAGAUCGCCUGACGUCCAUGACUGCCUUUGGGCCUACUGAUCUGAUGACUCAACCAACGUCACCGACGACGCCCAUUCCUUUACUCCAACUACGGCCGCCCGCAGUACGAUCUGUAACAAACUUGGAUACUGCAGUCGGCCGAUCCCGAAGGCGCCCGUCAAUCAGACAUCAGAACUCGACAGCCGAGUCGGAUGACUUCAACGGGGACAGCAUGCCAUCGGACGAGGCACCGGAGGCUGAAAUGACGGGCGGCGCAGAUAUACAAUCUGCUGUGGGUAUUCAAGACAUCACAAUGGAUGAUAAUGAGGCCCUUCUGGCAGGAGACGCGCUUGAUCUCACCAACCCUACUGCGUCCGAGGCCCACCAAGACGCCGAGGCCUUCAAUAUUACUCACCGCACCAAUCUCGAUGGGAGCAUCCGAGAGGACAUGACACAUACUCCGGUUGCACCGGUUGGCCUCUCGCCCAGUCGUCCGAACCUGGUUGCUGCCCCACACCCGCCGACCCCGAUCUCUACCAUUCCUCGGUAUUUGCUUGACCGACAUCUGAUACCCCAUCCGCAAUUGCUGUCCGCCAUGCCACGCGAAGAAGACGUACUCAUGUCGUUGCAAUUGCUGGCCUACGUUUCAAAGUAUUGCUGCCUACGUACGUACUUUCAGAAGAGUCAUCUCGUGCCAACCCUUGCAAUUGGCAAGGAUCUCUUGGCCCUAGACACAGACGACGAAGAGGAAGUGGGUGAAGAAGCGGCUUCUGCGGGCAAUGGAAGCGAUGCUGAAGACGAGUACUUGCUCGAGGACGACUUCAACCUGUUUCCCCUGGUCGAAAAGUUCACCGUGAGGUACCACAGCACGGACAUGCAGUACUGGGCGGGGGUGGUGAUGCGAAACCUAUGUCGAAAAGACGACACGCGCGGAGGAAUUCGACAAUGUGCAUACUAUCAAUGUGGCAAAUGGGAGGAGUUCACUCGUCAGUUCGCCAAGUGCCGCCGGUGCCGCCGGACAAAAUACUGCAGCAAGGAGUGCCAAAAGAGUGCCUGGGCUUUCCAUCGCCAUUGGUGCGUGGCUGCAACGCAGUGA